UUAGUGUUUACCUCACCUUGUGCAUAUAAAAGCGCAGGGUUUCGGUGGUGAAAAUAUGUUCUAUUUGCUCCUACCUUGGGGUCAUUCAAAUUCGUGGCCUUCAAGAAUUAUGCCGCAUAUGGUUCUCACACUUUGCGUCGCCAUCUCUGUUUUAUUGAUAACGGUUACGGACUGUCACGAAACUCGAAGAGUCAUCUAUCACGGACCAGAGUCAUACAAGGGUUAUCACAGGUCUCAGCCGAGGUCGCAGCCGAGGCUUCAUGCAAGGGAGGACAUCCGUGGUGUGAGGCUUUAUGGUGAACGAAGGAACGACAGAACGUAUCAAGAAGGAUUGGGUGAAAUGGCUGCGUUGAUGGAUUAGUCAAGAUUUUGUUCAAAGUCUGUACGCACCCAUGGAGAACACUGAACCGCGGAAAAAUUAAUUAUAAUUAUUAAAUAUUACUAUAAAAUAAAAAGUUCCUAUCGUA